CUUAAGUUUUUUAUUUGUUGGGUUUAUCGAAAAUUGAUGAGAUGAUGAUGAUGGGUUUUGGUUCUUCUUCUUCUUCCUCAUCGUCUAAUUUAUCUGCUUUAGCUCAACCUUUUACAGUUGAUCGUUCUGUAUCAAAACCCCUUGUGGAUUUGACUGAACCGCCUUUGAAUUGGCUUAAUACUCACUCUUUACCUUUUGAUUCCUCCAUCAAAACUAGUAAUUUUGUUGAAGCCAAGCCUUAUUAUCCUUCUUAUAUUUCACCACCCACGUAUGAUGACUACACUCAAUCCUUGACUGGCUUGUGGGAUGGAUCAAACGGUUGGAAUUAUCCCAAAAACGAUAUCAACGUCUCUGAUUUACCCGUUUACAAGGAUCAUAUGGAUACAGCUCAUUCGCCCAAGGUCCUAAACACAUGCGAAGAGAAAUCUCAGAUGCUUGGCUUUGAAAAACACAUGGGGUCUUGUAACAUUGAAGGGUUUGAUUAUAAAUCUUUCUCAGGGCAAAAUACUGAGUUCAUGCCUGUUGAGUAUUCAAGAAAAUCAUUUGUUGGAUCCACUUCAGUAUUUCCUGAAAGCUAUUCUCUGGCAUCUUAUGAGAAAGGUAUUAGUCCAAAUGAUGUUACAUCAGUCAGGAAGUCUUCCCCUGGGCUUGUCAUUGGAGCACCAAAUACAACUGCCUUUAACAAUGUGGGAAUUAGCGGCCUUGCACACAGUAUAGACUUCGCUGCGAAUAGUAAUUUAUCAGAUGGCAAAGUUCCCGUUGAUUCUAGUAAAGUCAGCUUCAACCUGGACGGGGAUCAUCAUAGUUUUUUGGAAUUAUCCCCAGAAAAGAAAGAAAAGCUCUUGAGCAACAUAAGUGUGACUAAGGAUCCCUUCAGGACCAAUUCUAUUCGACAGGUUGCUCAUAUUAGUUCAGGUGGUAAUGAUACCUUGAAUUGUUUUGAGAAUUCUUCUGAUAGUUUAGAUCAUUAUAACCAUGCCGUGGAUUCACCCUGCUGGAAAGGAGUUCCAGUUUCUCAUUAUUCUGCACUUGAAGCUUCUGGGCCUGUCCCUCCACAGCUUACAAAGACAAUAGAAGCAUGCAGUGGCUCCAAUCUUAUUGGGCCAACCAAUAAUGCUGUAAAAUUCUGCUCUCAGAAACCAAGUGAAUUUCCACUGUACCAGGGAUAUGGGUGCCUGGAAAAUGAUUUAGCACCUUCUCCAGAAAGGAUUUCUGUUGCUAAUAUGUUAAUUCGGGAACUUGGAUCACAUGAUGAUGUGAAAGAAGGAUACUACCAAUCAAGCUAUGGCCAUGGGUUUCAGCUUUCUGAUGACAUCGAAAAAUCAAGAAAAGAAUAUGUUCUCUCGAAGAACUCAAUGUAUGGGUUAAACUUCAAGCCUUUCCAUUCCACACAACAAAGUGUUGAGGAAGGUAAACCGACUUCUGAAAGAAAGUGUGAAUCAGGCACUGGUGUUGAAGAUGUUGGGAUGACUACUAGUGAUUCCUCAGAAGGUUGUUCAUCACAUGUGCCAUUCCAUGCUACAGAGCAUGUCUUGAGUUCGCCUCCUGCUGUAGAAGCUGCUCCCUUUGAGCUUACCAAAAUGUAUGGUAAACAACUAGCUCCCAAGAUUUGUGUCCAGACAUUGAUUAGUACAAUGCAUAACCUAUCAGAAUUGCUUCUAUCUCAUUGUUCAAAUGAAGCAUGUGAAUUGAAGAAGCAAGAACUUUCUGCCCUGAAGAAUGUGGUCAACAACCUUGAUAAAUGUAUAUUAAAGAAUUUGGGAACGGUGGUCCCAUUGCAAGAAUCAUUGUUUCCGGAUAUAACUUCCCAAUUUCUCGGGGGGUUGCCCAAGCUUCAUGAGGUAUGUUGUCCAUGCUAAAGUUUUAAUACACAUCAAAAUCACUUCUCUGAUAUAUUGGAAAAAAUAUACAUGGUGCGGGUUGCAAAUUCAGUGGAUGGUUUCUGCUUCUUUUGUUAUUUAUCUGGUAAAAGAAAAGAACGUAAUUGACACACACAGGAACUGCAGCAUAGAUAGACAUAGAUAAAUCAUGCACACUAUGCUGAAUUCUUUAGAAAGCAUUAAAUAUUCCAGUUAGAAGUCCUAUUUGCACAAAAGAACAGCAUCAUUCCUCUGUAAGGAUUUCUUGGAAAAUUGGGAAAUGGUCCAACCUUUUAUAUUUUGAAUAAAGACCUCUAUGCUCCUUUUGUUUUUUAUUUUUGUAAUUGUACAGUCCGGUAAUUGUGAUGCUUUAGAAUCCCUGUAAGACUUUGUUUGUAAAUUAAGUCACCAAGGUUUUUCCUAAUCCCUUGGAGCAAAGAUUUAUUUGCAAUAGGAAAGCUUCUACUUUCCUGCAGACUGCAUCAUUGCAUAAACACCUUGAAAUAUAAUGAAACAGAAUAAAAAUGAUAACACCCUUUCAAAAUAGUUAGAAACCAGA